UCUUUCUCCGAGCAACAGACAACUUCGUCAAGUCCACACUCAAAUAAUACAUAUAAUUUGUUAAUAAAUGACAAUGGCGUUAGUCAUGAUCGUUAUCAAAAGGUGAUUGUCACUGGUACACAGAAUUGCGAGUAUAAGUUUAUUUUAAAUUUAAAAUUAAUCCAAGAAAAAAAAAAUAAUAAUAAAUGUGAUACGUGAGCUAUUGAAUAUGAGGAGUGUUAAUUUUUUAAAUGUCAUUACGACAAUUUUUUGUUUAACAUGCCAAGGUACAGCCUAUGGUGGUUAUGUCAAAUUGACCCACGAUGGACCAGCAGUACAAGGUGGUAUUAUAACUUUUCAAGCAGAUCUUUUUUACAGUGACGGUACCAGGCCUUUUGGUACAUUUGUUUACAUAUGGAGAGAUGACGCAGUCCCAUCUCACCGAUAUGAGUCACCGAUAACUUCAAAUACAACAAAUAUUUGGAGCGUACAAUAUCCAGCAGAGUUAUAUCCAGUUGGAGAAUAUACCGUUGAAGUUAAAGUAGAACGUAAAGUAUUUCUUUUCUGGCCGGAAAUUACAAGCCAGCAUCGAACGUUUGAAAUAACUCCUCUCCUCAAUGGUAACAUAACAAUAAAACAAUCUAAUAACACACUGGCAAGUGAAUAUGUAUCGUCCGACUCAGAAGCGGAAGUAGUGAUUAAAUUACGUAAAGGCGACAUUGAUUAUAUUGAAGCGAAUGCUACUGAGAUAACGACAUUCUGGUUUGUCGACUGCAAAUAUUACGGGCAAACCAAUGACUAUACUUUUCAUUAUAAUUUUACAAAGCCAGAAACUGUGGCGUCAUUAGAAGCACUGGUGGUUGCUUCGUAUGAUCCUCCUACGACUAUUCCACCUCCAACAACAACACCAACACCAACAACAACAACAACAACUACCUCAGCACCGCCAUCAAAUGGAACCAUUCCUUCAAAUAGUACUACUAGUAACACGACCACGACUACGACUACUCCCAAGCCAAUCGUGACAACACUUAAACCAACAGUGACAACUCCAAGCGUGAACUCCUCGACAACUCCGUCAACCAACGGGUCUAGUAUUGACUAUAAAAAUAUUUCAUUGCCAUACGUUUGUGUAAAUACGUCCGUAGUAUCGCCGGAUCCUAAGAAAACAUACGGAUAUUUUCAGAGACAAAUUAAAGUCAGAGCUCCGAUUAAAAAUAUAACCGUUGAAGGAACUAAUUGGAUAAAGCCAUGGGAUCUAUUGUCUUUAAAUGUCACGUGUCAUGGAUCUGGUCCCUUUUAUAAAUGUCUUGAGUAUCAUCGCGGCAAUUAUAAUAUAACUGGAAAUGAAACGUGCGAUAACGGCGAACUGCUUAACUCUUGUAAUUUUUCAAUAAGUCAUUAUUUCUUAGAUCCUAAUGUUUAUACAAUAAUAAUGAUACUUAAGAAUGACGUUAGUGUGCACGUUUAUCCAUUAACUAUUAACAUUUAUGAAGUUACGACAAAGGCUCAAUUAUCAGUAAUUGUCGUACCAGUAUCCUGUACACUGGCUGCUGUGGUAUUAAUAGUAUUUGGUAUCGCAUAUUAUCUACAAAGCCGAGCACGUUUUAACGUUGAAGUUGCGGACUUUGAUUUCGGUCAAAGUAAUCCAGAAAUGGAGUACAAGACAUUCACUGAACGUCUACGUGAUUCGUUUAAUAGCACCGUAAGCGAUGGAUACGAAAAAUUAAAAAUAACAUCACCCUAUUAUGGGAGCAUGAACUGAUGGAAAUUAUUUUAACACCAUAAUUAACGCAUGAGGUUACAAGCAGUUGGGUGAUCCAAAAACUAUGCAAAAUUAAAUCCAAGAAUUAUUUCAAAACCUCAAGACAAAGAUGUUAUUUUAAAGAAGCAAAGAUUAUUUACACAUAGAUUUAUAUUAUAUUACAUUAUAACAGUCGACGAAAUGUUUAUUUUAUAUUUUUCCAUGAAUUUAUAUUAUUAACUGACCAUAUAAAAAAAUAUCGUUCCAAAAAAGGUCAUGACAUUGAACUUACAAACUUGAGGCCAUUCUAAACUUUGAGUUGAUCAUUUUUUGAACUCCCAAAAAAUUGAAUACAAAAAUUUACCUCCAGACCUCGUUCUUUAAAAGUUCUUACAAAGAGUCAAAAAACUUUCAUAAUUCAUUUUUAUUUUUGCUUAAAAAAUUCAGAAAAAAGUGCCUGGAAAGUACUCGCCCAAGUAAUACAGAGACAACUUUAAGAUGUCUUUUAAAAGGACAACAAGUUUUACUUUGUCUCAAAGCCAAGUUUUCUUAAAUAAAUAAGACGUUCAGAUGUCAGUCCUACACGGGGAGAAUUAUUUAAUAAAUUUUACUGAUUAAUUGUGAGUAAAACUGAGCCAGGAUGAAUAAUUACUGAGCUGUUUCUAGAGAAUGUUCAAUUAUAGGGUAAAAAAAACCCAAUUUCAGGUAAUUUUUUUAUAUAAAAGAGUAAAAAUGAAACAAAAGAAAUUAGUUUUUAUUAUUUUCAUAACUAUCUUGUUUUAUGGCUCAGGUUUACACUAAAUUAUAGGGUCAAUUUUAUCAAACAAUUCUCUCCCUGUAGGAAUCAUAGGAAAUGUAUUCUUUUUCUAGCCUGAAAAAAGUCAUUUCAAUUAACAAAUCAUCACGUGUCAAGUCUUUUAAGCAGAUAUUUUUUCGGUGACAUAAAUUUCUGAUUUUGUCACCAUUUUGGUGCCUUAUCAAUAGCUCAAAAAACUGUUAUCUUAUAGAUGUCACAAAGCCAAGUGCGCUUUCGAUCAGUUGAAAGUUUAUUUACUCUUUAAUGUUUUCAAAGUUUAAAAAUUGAUCAACUCAAAGUUCAGAAUCGUCUUAAAUUUAGAAGCUCACAUUAAUCUUUUAUGAAAAUUUUUUGAACGAAUUUUUUUAAACGGGAAGUCUCUAUUCCAAUGAAACAUUAUAAAUGACAUUUACUAUUAAUAUUUUAUUUAUGUUUUUAAAAACCACAACGUUGUAAUGUUUCGUAGGCUGUGAAUUUAAUUCGAUGGUGUUACGAUUUACAUUAGAAAAAACAAACCUGGUGGAUCCCAAGUACAGUCAAUUGUGAUAAUUACCGUAAUUUACUGCAUUUUAUUGUAAAAUCGGUAUUUCUACGGCAAAUUUCCCUUUACAAUUAUCUUCGGUAAUUUACGGUAUUUUAGUGUAAAUUGCGGCAAUUUUUUGUGUCACGAAACUCAGAUCGUGACACAAAUAUGACUUUCAUCAUAAAUUUGUAUCAACAACUUUAAUUACGACAAAAUUAUGAAUCAGUCAAAUUUUUAUCCAAGUGAUCCAAAGUUCAUUCACUAAAUUAAUUUUACAAUCGAAACUGAUUUACAUAAAUCAAUUACUUUGUCGGAAAAAUUUAUUGGUAAUUUCUGAAUCGAUAAAUUUGACAAAAGGUAAAAAUUCAGUCAAGUUUCUAUCGAAGUCAUCCCAAGUCUAAUUCAAAGACAUAAUAAAUUAAUUUUAGAAUUGAUACGAAUUUACUAGACGAAAAGUUGGAGUAAAUUUAUGAUGAAAGUCAUAUUUGUGUCAUGAUUUGAGUUUCGUCAUUAAAUUCAGAUUUCAAUUCAUUAUGAAUAAAAAUUUUUUUUUACACAGGAUGAGACAUUUUUACCGUAAGCACCGUAUGCUUUUUUAUUUUUUUAAUUUUUACAUUUCAAUACUUCACUUUACAAUAAAAUACUGUAGGAUUGCCGAAAUUAGCCGGUCUUUCACCGCGAAUUUAUGAUACUGAAAUUAGUAGACGUCUAAUAAAUUUGAAUUUUUUUAAAAACGAUAAAUUUGAAUUUAAAAAAUUGCACAUAUAGUUUUUUUAAUUUUCUACAUGUGCAUAUUUUUAUUUUUUUUCAAUUAAAUUGUUGAAAAUAAAAUUAAAAAAUUUUUUAAUUGUCUGCUAACUUCAGGAUCAUGCGAAUUUACAGUAAAAAUUCCGCAAUUUACCGUAAAAUCACGCAGUUUUUCCCAAUACCGUUUAUUACGGUAAUUACUGUAAUUCAAAUCCGCCAGGGAAAAAAUAUAUUUGCGCUUUAAUCGUCGUCUACAAUAAUAGAAUUUUUUUUAAAAACUUCGAUUAUAAUUAUGACUUUUUUUUUUAAGUAUAAUUUUUAUUACAGAGUAAUAUAUAAUUUUUUAAGACAUUGGUAUUAUGAAGACGUAAUAACAAUAAAAUAAUUGUAAUAAUGCU